GAACAAUCCGAUAACACUCUGGGGAACAGUCUGUUUUGAGAAAGUAUAUGAAUAACUAGAACUAGGUGUUCAUAAAAAAUAUUUUCUAAGGCUUUGCAAGAAAUAAUGUAUCUAAUAAAAAGCGAGGUCGGUGAGAGCUGGCUGCUGUUUGCCUGUGAGAGCUUCAGCCCUCUACUCCUCAGCAAAACUACAUUCCUGCUGCCUGGCUGUCCUUCGCGUCCCCGCCGACAAGUGGCCUCCGAACAGGGACCUGAAGGGCUGCUCCUGAGACUGCGACAGUCAGCUGACACCUUUUGCAGUCAUGCUCCCUUCAUCCAGCUCCCCUGCUAUGGGGCUGUCCAUGCUGCGAGAUUGGUGCAGGUGGAUGGGUGUGAAUGCGCAGCGCUGUCUGCUCAUCAUGGGCAUCCCUGAUGACUGCGAGGAAGAUAAGUUCCGAGAGAUACUGCAGGCUGCGCUGAGACCCCUGGGCAGAUACCGGGUGCUCUGCAGGGUCUUUAGGAAGGAGCUUGGAGCCAGGGUCACUUUGGUUGAGUUUGCUGAGUAUUUAAACCGAAGUUUGAUCCCCCAACAAAUACCAGGCAAUGGGGAGCCUUGGAGUGUGAUCUUCCUGCCCCAGGUCCCUGAUUCUGAGUUUCAGGAGUGUCGAAACCUCCCUGCACAGCCCCAGGGGGAAGAAAUGGGAGAAAGCAUGGGUAAGGGAGCUGCAAGUGAGGGAGGAGCUGCAGCUGAGGAAGAAGCUGCGGCUGAGGCAGGUGUUUCAGGUGAGGGAGGAACUGCAGGCGAGGAAAGAGCUGCAGGUGAGGCAGGACCUCCAGGAGAAGAAGGGGCCUGGGAUGCAGCAGCAGUGACCCAUCUUAGAGCAGGAGCCCAGCAGUGGGCCCAGGCACUGCAGCCUAUCCUGGAAAACAUGGCAUACCAGGAACUGAGAGCCUUUUCCGGGAUCGCAGAGCCAGAUCCUGAGGAAGAAGAGUCCUUCGAGAGCUGGCUGAACCACGCCAAUGACAUGCUGUAUCUGUGGCGCCAUAUUUCAGAGAGGGAGAGGAGGAGGAGGCUGGUGGAAUCAAAGACAUCCCUUUCUUCUUUUUCCCAUCCACAGGCUGCUCCUGAGACUGCGACAGUCAGCUGA